AUGAGAAGGAAACCUGUGGACUCCUCCAACAACAAUUCUUCCACUCCAACGAACCCGUACCAACAACUGACCACCUUUAAUAAUCAAUUCAAUGCACAGGUAAAUGAAGAGUUGAAUCGAUCACAACCAUACUCAUCAACUGCAUCAACCCUGCAACUACCACAACAACUGGACGCAGCUUCAGGUACGGGCAGCAGUAGUCUUCGAAGUAUUCGAAAGUCCUCAAGUUCAAUGUUUGGGUUGAAACGACAUAGGGAUAAAGAUACACAAUCGCGUCAACACCACCACCUGCAACAUACUUCUGAAACCUUUUCUGAUGCAUCAUCAACAGAUUCUGCAAGUAUUUUGUCCACGGGAACACAAGGGUCCUCUCACAGCAGACGACUGUCUCAGAAUCCGUAUCAAGAACAGUCACAGUUUCAGCAUUCAAAUUACCUGCAACAGCCUAUCAAUUCAUAUCAUCUGCUGCUGCAUAGCCUACCCCAUCAUCAUCAACGACAACCACAGCAACCGCAACAACAACUGCAGCUACCACUGCAACAACUGCAACAACUGCAGCUACAACAAAAUUCGCACUUUAUUCCUGCAAGAUCAAGUUCAGCAGCAAAUCCAUCCCCAUACUCAACUCCUUCCCAGCAUAAUAGAAAAUCAUCUGCGUAUAGUGUAUCUACCAUGGGCACAGAAAAAGCUAUUCUCAACCCCUAUGAUACUCCGACACAGUUAUCACGUCAACAAACAAAUGCCACAACAAAUACUAAUAUAUUGAGCAGGAUGUCUACAAACAUAUCACUCAGUUCAAAAACUAAUAGAGGGUCAACAGAUGGAGUGGAAAAGUUUCAUUUAGAACGUCCCUCUUCAGCAUUUGAAAUUGACAAAAUGUUUCAAGCAAUGUUGGAAAAAUUAAAUUUCAAAAGUUUACCACCACAAGCAACAAGGGAUUUAUUGAACUACGACACAGAUAGAAAGUGGAUGAUGAUUGAGCAAGAUAGACGCGCCGAAUACGAAAGGCAGCUCCGCUAUGUCCACAAGGCCAAUAGUGAAUUACCAGAAACUUAUGCUAGAUGGUUAAUGCUGAAAUCAAUCACAACAUCACAAUUAAAUUUUUUAUGGGUGCAAUUAAGAAGCGAACCAAUAUCAUGGGUACGAGAGUUUGUGUAUGACUGCCAAGGAGAUGCAUUGUUGUCAUCGUAUUUACAGAAGCUUCAUGAUGGAUUGGACACUCAACAAGUUAUUUCAAUCAAGGAUGAAGUAUUUGACAAAGAGCAUUACAUAAUGCGUUGUUUGAAAUGCGUUAUGAACCAGAAGCUCGGUGCAGAAAGGAUCAAAACUGAUGUUGAUAUAUUUGUUAAUGCUGUUAGUGGCAGUCUCUUGUCACCAAGAUUGAUUGUGAGGAAAUUGGCGACAGAUGCGCUCACUUUUGUAAUAUCCUACAACGCCAAUGACAAUUCAAGAUACCACAAAGUCCUUCAAGCUCUUGAUGCAUUAAACGAAAGAGCGCUUUAUGAUUUUGAAGAUUAUGAUGAAAGCAAUGCACGUAAAAAGAGAGAAUUGAUACGGAAACCACCACCAGUAAAUUGUAAACGGUUUGAGGUUUGGCUAGGAUUAGUUGAGAGAACUGUUGACGCAAUUGGUAAAUUUAACUCAAACGUCGGUGAAAGAGAAGAAAUCAAGACGCAGUACUUGGACUCAUCUUCCAAAGAGAAUCAUUUACCUGAGUAUUGUGUUGCAACCGUGUUGUUUAUAAACAUUAUUAUCGAAAGUGCAUCAGAUUUGAGAUCGAGGUUCCAACUAAGGGGACAAUUUCAGGCAGCCGGAUUACUUCGGUUGUUUUCCAAGUUUCAGAAUAUACAGCAACCAUUGCUCGAUAAACAUAUAGAGAGAUAUUCGGCAUUAGCCAAGGAUGAUGAAGAGGAAAUGCGAAUCAUCCUGGGCUUUGAUGGUGAAUUAAAUUUCAACGAUCCUGUUGACUUGGUAAAGUCUUUAUGGGAAAACUUUAAAGGAUCAGAUAAUCAAGAUCACUUUCUUAGUACUAUGCAACACUUGUAUCUCAUUCAGUCUGAGAAAAAGAACAAUAAACAAGAGUUGGGACAAAGUUUACGAAUACUUGAUAACAUUAUACAAAACCUAUCAUCUCAACAGAGUAGCGACGGAGAUGCCGCUUUGAACAUUGCCAUAAAUAAACUAUAUGCCAAUAUGAGUACUGAUGAUCAAUAUAGACGUGCCUUGGAGGAAGUAAAGUACUAUCGGAAAGUGGCAGAAGAAGCCACGGCGGAACGCGAUGAAAUGACAAGGCAAAUCGAAAUGGGAGCUGAAGGAAUGAUUACUAGUUUGAGAAACGAGGUUACUGAACGAGAGCUAAUAAUUGAAAGAUUUAGAAGAACUAAUGAAGAAAUGAAAGAAGAAAUGCGCAACUUGAAAACGAAAUUGAUGAGGGAAAAGCAAGAGCAGGAACUCGAAAUGAGGGAAUUUUUAGUUAUGUUGAAUAGUGGUGACAUUGAAACGUCUGUCUCCAAAAAGGGUAAGAAGACAACGGCAUCGGUGAAAACUACCAAUGCUGAGUUGGCCGAUAGAUUGAGAAAACAAAUUCAUCGUCGCAGGGCCGAAUCUAGAUUGGAUAAUAAACGUUUGGGAACUCAAGUCGAACCACUGAAGAGAUUGAGAGCAUUGCGGGACCAGAUGGGGGAUAUUGAAAACAUGGCGCGAGAAUUGGAAAUGACUGAUUUUGAAACUUAUGCUGAACCCCAAUUGGAAGAACAAAGCCCUUCGGAGCCUGAAGUUGUGGAAACCGUUUCGGAAUCUGAUUCGGAUGUGGAAUCUGAAGCCGAGCCAGAGCCAAAAACUGUUUUACCACCUAUUCCACCACCAGGGAGGAAACGUGGAAUGCGUGGUGAUGACUUGACCAAGCUUGACGGGUUGAGAAAAAAAUUAUCAAACUUGCAAGGUGAGUCGAACGACAUCAUGAAAUUCAACACCAGCUCCAUGUUUAACAAGCAAAAGUUUCUCGCAAUUGAAAGAUUACAAGAGUUGGAAUCAAGCUUUAAAGAUUUCAAUAUCGACUUUGAUAUUCAAAAUCAGGACGAGUAUACGUUUUCAUCAGGGGCUGAUGAUUCAAUUAAGGACAAGACGAAAGAGGUUUUGAAUGAAAUUGAGAGAUUACGAAAUGAAUUAAGGAGGCAAUUAGCAGAAGCAAAUAAGCCAAAAGUAACAAAGAAAAAGACAUCGGUGAUGGACAGGCUCGAAGACAAAUACAUGAAGGGUCAAGUACAAACAAAUGCAGACGUUUCUAGCCAAACAGUAAAGGAACACAAGAAACUGAAUAGAAUGACAACAAUUGGCUCCAUGGAUCCUCAAUUCCUCAAAGAAUUGAGUAACAAAGUUCAAUUGGCAGAACCUAUUGAUGCUCCCAACUUCGAGAAAGAUGGCACAAACUUUUCAAAAGAAGUGACUCAAAAAUUACCCCUUGGAUCACCAAAAUCGAAAGAUUCAUCAGGCGCCGAAGCAGUUAGUGGCCCGCCUCCACCACCUCCUCCGGCACCGCCUUUGCCACCGUUGUUGGGAGGAGAGGAGCCAGAAACUGCACCAGCACCAGCACCGCCUGCUUCCUCUGGUUUUGCUGCACCUCCACCACCGCCACCUCCGCCUCCAGCUUUUUUGAAUGGAUCUGCAUCGGCACCGCCAGCUCCGCCUCUUCCACCACCUUUACCAAGCGCUACUUCAUCUCGAAGCUCACCGCAACUUCCGUCUCCGGCUUCUAUCGGCUCGCCAAUCUUGGGUAACAUCCCACGACCAAAGAAAAAAUUGAAACAAUUGCACUGGGAAAAGAUUGACCAUACCGAAGUUGAUAACUCGUUUUGGAAGGAGCCAAAAUCUGACACCCUUGCUAGUGAGUUGAUGUCAAAGGGAGUAUUCGACGAAAUUGAAAUCAUCUUUGCCGCCAAGGAAAUCAAAAAGUUGGCAUCAAAGAAAAAAGAGGAUAUGGAUAAGGUAUCAUAUUUGUCAAGAGACGUUGCCCAACAAUUUAGUAUCAACUUACAUGCAUUCAGCUCAUUAUCAGAUGAGGAAUUGGUCAUAAAGAUAUUGAGAUGCGACAAAGAUGUCGUCACCAAUCUUUCUGUUUUGGAAUUCUUUGGCAAGGAGGAAAUCACUGAGAUUACCAAUUCAGCUAUAAGGAAUUUUGAGCCGUAUUCUACCGAUUACAAGACUGACGAAAUCAGAAAACCGGAAAAGGACCCGUCAGAAUUACAGAGACCCGACAGGUUGUUCUUGGAGUUGAUGUAUAAUUUGCAACAUUACUGGAAAUCGAGAACUAGAGCAUUGUCAGUGAUUGCUCAAUACGAAAAGGAUUAUGAAGAUUUGGUGUCAAAGUUGAGAGCAAUAGAUGCAUCGGUAGACAGUAUCAAGAACUCAAAACACUUGAAGGGGGUGUUUGAAAUAAUCUUAACAGUGGGAAAUUACAUGAAUGAUUCUUCAAAACAAGCUCGUGGGUUUAAAUUGAGUUCGUUGCAACGUUUGGGUUUUAUGAAAGAUGAAAAAAAUAGUAUGACAUUUUUGCACUAUGUUGAAAAACUUAUUCGAACACAAUAUCCAGAGUAUCUUGAAUUUCUAGAUGAACUAGCCAGAUGUAAUGAAACUGCAAAAUACUCAAUUGAACACAUUUACAAUGAUUGCAAAGAUUACGUUCAAAGUAUCAAAAACGUGCAGAGCUCAGUUGAUAUUGGGAACUUGUCUGAUAUUUCCAAAUUCCACCCACUGGAUCGUGUUUUAAAACUUGUUUUGCCCGCAUUGCCCAAAGCAUCAAGAAAAGCUGGUUUGCUUUUGGAUCAGGCUGAUUAUACCUUAAAACAGUUUGAAGACUUGAUGCUUUAUUUUGGAGAGGAUGCACAAGAUCUGUUUGUGAAGAAUUCCUUCAUCAGCAAAUUUACAAACUUUAUGAAAGAUUUCAAGCGUGCGCAAACGGAAAACUUGAAACGUGAGGAAGAAAUUAGGAUUUAUGAGCAAAGAAAGAAGUUGGCCGAAGCAGCAAACAAAAAGAAUGGUAGUGGCACCAGUACUCCGAAUAGUACCACCGACAAUAACGAGGAUGAAGGAGUUAUGGACUCGUUAUUAGAGAAGUUGAAAUCAGUGGGUCCAGCGAAAGGAGAGCCCUCAUCGGCUCGAAAGAAGGCUUUAAUGAGGCGUCAAAUUUUGGAAAAUCAUCGCAAAUAUUCCACGGAAGGUGCACCACCACCGUCCCCAACAAAAUCAAGCACAUUGGACCUACUGAGAGAGGGAUCUGAAGAGUUGGCUUCUCUUGUGGAUGAGAACAUGGACACCUCCGUUAAAGAACCUACUGAAAAUGGGGACAACAUGUCAGAGGAGAAGGACGCGCCGAUAGGGUCAAGAGCAAGAAAUUUGUUGCAAGAGCUUCGUAAUGCCAACGAGGAAGGGCGUAAUGGAGAAUUGACAGCCCAGCAGUAUAGACUUGAAAGGCAAAGGAGGAAAAACCAAGCCGAAUCGGGGUGA